GAGGCUUUGGGACAAUUGAUUUGACAUGAAAGGAAUCUGUAUACAGGUGCGGCCCAGCGGUAUACAUAUCCCCGUGCAGAAAACUCUGCUGUACCUACCUUUGCUGGACAUCUUUUGGAACAACUUGGAGUGAUAGGGUACGGCCAAUGUCGGUCGUUGGUCUAGGCAGCGAGCGUCGGCCCCGUGCUUGAGGGGGGCUCUGUAGCUUCGCCAUGCCAGGAUGAUCUGGGUUAUUUGAUUUUGAAAGCCCUCUAUGCCCGGUGCAACGUAUUGCAGGAACUUCAAAAGUGCAGGCGCCUCAGCAACGUUGCUCAUGAAGGUCUCGCGUAGCUGCACGUAACAAAGCCGCAAGCACAACGUGCGCAGCUCCCAAGGCGAAGGGAUGCAAGUUACAGGUUACCGGCUAUGAAGCCAGUAGUUCUGCGACCGUAAUGUGGUCCAAAGAGCAUUAUACGCCCCAUGGACCCGAGUGGCGGCUACUAUCGUCCGCCGCUCGGCGCACCGACACGAGGAACCCCGUCACCGAUGCGUCUUGCCAACCUAUGGAUCCCGAUCGGGAUCGGUGGGAAAGGGUCCAAAGACAAGGAAGGCAUUCCGCAAGACGCGUGUAUAUAUAAGUAGGCUGCCACGUUGUUUUAGGGUGGGCGUCGUUCGGUCUUAACCUCUGGACGCUAGAGCGAUGUCCAUAUAGGAGAUCAUAUGUAUAAGAAUAUCGUCUGACGCCCAUCAUCCAAGGUGCGACAUAUCAAUCGAGUAGGCAUUUCUGAUUUGCGCAUCCAUUAUUUGCAUCCCCUGUAUCAAUUCAUAAUCCGCUCGAACAAAUCAGAGUGUUGUACGAAACCCCGACUGCACGCAGACACCUUGUGGACUCAGCAGCACACGAUUGAGAGCCUUUGGGACAAUUGAUUUGAUAUGAAAGGAAU